UUAUUGGGGAACUGUAGUCCAAGAGUGGACAAUAGCCUAUGUUAUUACCUAGACAGUAUCCACGCAAACACAAAACUACCGCUGCACUUUACGGUGUGGCCUAACUUUUGUAAAAACAAAUGACUCUUGUGCACGAACCAAUUGCUUGAUUGCGUUGUAUUUUAAAUGUAGCCAAUUAGAAAUAACUCAUUAUGUAGGGCUACUGCAUAUCAUCGUUUGACAAACGUAUUCCGUAAUUUUUCAGAAACAAUAACAGAAAUCAUAGUCUGCCUAACUGUGCGAAAUUCUCUUUAGGAUGCCUUUAGGAUGAAAAGGUCGGUCUUAAUCCCCGGGUCCUGGGAACCUUUCUUACACGCUGACCCUCGAAUCUCUGUCGCCAAAUAUCCCCGACCCUAAAACUUUGAUUUCUCAUCCUAUUAUUUCGCCUCGCUCUCGUGAACAUCUGGGUGGUUUCCCCGAGCGUGAGACAUUCCAGAAUCUCAUAACGAUAUCGACUCCCACCCCCUCAAAAACCUAGUUUGUCCGAUUUGCAUGUUUUGGAACCCCCGAUUACCUUACUCCUUGAGUGGAUUGGCCAACGAGACUGUCAGUCAUGGGGUAUGGGCGGGGCGUAGGUAACAGGGCCGCGAAAGGGGAUCCGUGGGCGGUGCUGCUGUCAGAACUGUUCCUCAUUCUUGUCAAAAUUGGCUGGAGCGGAGUCGCUUAUCCGCGGGUAAGCGAGUGUUUUACUUUUUGAGACACCCGCAGCUGUCUGCGUAUAACAAAGGGAGAGGACUGGCAAGUUACAUUCGUCCAACAGCGCAUUUCACGUGAAGAUUUGCACUUGCCGCUUUUUUUCUUUUGCAGAGGUUGUCAGAUGGAUAAUAAGAGAAAGGAAGCUAACCAUUUUGUUGUGGGCUCAUUUGAACAGAUAAAGCCGCACAUUCCAGAAUUGGUAUUUUAAUUUUCCACGAGCACGGGGGUCUUUUAUCAUCUGAUAAUUGUUUUUUCCUCUGUGCGGAUGGGAGCACCGACAUACGGUUUCAAGACAGCACAUAGUUUUCAAGCUUGCCCGGAAAAAGACUUGUUGCACGAGAGACGCCUCACGGGAAUCGAUCAUCUGUGCUCGUGCCUUUGUGCGUAACCGUGAUCAAAAUUGCAGUUGCCACGAAAUAUGUGUGCGUGAGUUUUGUUCUGCUUGAGGAAGUUCGGAAAGUUGGACAGGAUGCGGUGGGAGAAGAUGAGUGAAUAACUACCGAACAGACAGUGUGGAAAGCAGGCAAUACAAUUGGCUCACAAACAGCAGCACAGCAAUAAAAAAGAAUUUGUGGAAUUAUUGCUGUGCAAACUGACACGCCCGAGGACAGAUGUGCAACAGCGUUCUUAAAUUUAAAUCUUGCGAGUGUUCCAUUAUAUAGACUAGCGAAAUAUAUAUAUAUAUAUAUAUUUACAUGGCACUCCCCGAAGAACAACCGGCGCAGACUUGUGUUGUGCAGCUAACAUUCUUCAAUUGAAUAAGAAAAUACAUCUUUUUUCCACCCUAUUUAUUGCUUCUUGACCUUCUCGCGAUGUCGGAGCGGCAGUGCUAUGGGGACGGACUGUGCGAAGACGGAGCCCCCGAGUUCCACCCCGGGAGAGCGUCCAGGGCUGGCAGGCGAAGCGGGGUCAUCCUCCCCGUGGCCGAGCGCCCGAACCCCGGCUGCCAGGAUUCCGAGACGAUCCUCUUGGACGCCGUGAAGGCGGCGCCCAGACGGAGCAGCAUCAUUAAGGACCCGUCGGCGCAGAAGCCGGCGGGCGGGCGUAAGAAGACGGUGUCGUUCAGCAGCAUGCCGUCGGAGCGGAAGGUGAGCAGCGCGGCGGACUGCCUGGCCUUCAUGCAGGGCGGCUGCGAGCUGCGCAAGGUGCGGCCCAACGCGCGGCUGUACUGCCGCUUCUACACGCUGGACGCCGAGCACGCCUGCCUGCGCUGGGAGCCGUCCAAGAAGGACGCCGAGCGCGCCCGCCUGGACAUCUCCGCCAUCCGCGAGGUGCGCGCCGGCAAGAGCACCGACACCUUCCGGCACCACGGCCCCGCCGAGCACCUGGCCGAGGAGGCCGCCUUCUCCGUCAUCCACGGCGACGGGUACGAGUCGCUGGACCUGGUGGCGCUGUCCGCCGACGUGGCCAACAUCUGGGUGACGGGGCUGCGCUUCCUGCUGUCGCACCCGGCGGCGCUGGGCGGGGUCGGCGUGGGCGGCGGCGGCGAGGGGUCGGAGGAGGGCGGCGCCGCCGGCGUCCGGAUGCGAGCCGACUGGCUGGCCGCCGAGUUCGCCAAGGGCGACGAGGACGGCUACGGCAUCGUGCCCGAGGACGUCGCCGUGGAAACCAUCUGCAGGCUGUGCCCGAGGAUGAAGGAGGCCAAGGUGCGUCUCCGGUUCAAGGAGAUCCAGCGCAGCAAGGAGAAGCUGACGUCCCACGUGACGCUGGAGGAGUUCCAGGAGGCGUACUGCGAGCUGUGCACCCGCCCCGACGUCUACUUCCUGCUGGUGCAGCUGUCCAAGGACCGGGAGUGCCUGGACGCGCAGGACCUGCGGCUGUUCCUGGAGACGGAGCAGGGCCUGUCGCAGGCCACGGCCGAGGGCUGCCUGGACGUGGUGCGGCGGUUCGAGCCCUCGGACGCGGGCCGCGAGCGCGGCCUGCUGGGCCUGGACGGCUUCGCCCGCUACCUGCAGUCGGCCGAGUGCCAGCUGUUCGACCCCGAGCACCAGCGCGUGUGCCAGGACAUGAGCCUGCCCCUCCCGCACUACUACGUCAGCGCCUCGUACCGGUCCUACCUGCUGGAGGACCAGGUGCACGGGCGCGCCGACCUGGGGGGGCUGACGCGGGCCCUGCAGGGGGGGUGCCGCUGCCUGGAGCUGGGGGUGACCGACGGGCCGGACGGGGAGCCCCUGCUGGGGGUGGAGCACAGCCCCGGCCCGCAGCUCCACCACCACCACCACCACCACCACCCGCCCCCCGUCACCCUGCGCAGCGCCCUGGAGGUCAUCAACAAGUACGCCUUCCUGACCUCGGAGUACCCGCUGCUGCUGUACCUGUGCCAGCACUGCAGCCCCCCCCAGCAGGUCACGCUGGCCCAGCACCUGCGCAAGGCCUUCGGGCCCCGCCUGUACGUCCCCGAGCCCCCGCACAGGGCCCGCCCGUGCGCCCCCCCGCCCCCCAGCCCCGAGCAGCUCAAGGGCCGGGUGCUGCUGGUGGGCAAGAAGCUCCCCCCGGAGGAGGAGGGGUCGGAGGGGGAGGUGUCCGAGGACGAGGAGGAGAUCGGCGGGGGCGGGCCCCUGGCGGGCCGGCGCAUGACCAUCCCCGGGGAGGAGGAGCUGGGCGUGGUCCUGGUGGUGCCGCCGCCCCCCCAGCCCCGCAGGCUCCGCCUCCGCCGCGAACUCUCCGCCCUGGUGGGCGUGGCCAGAACCGGCAGCCGCCUCUUCUACGCGCAGCGGUCCCCGCAGCCGCAGGGCUCCCCGCCCGGGACCCCCGGCAGCCCCGCCCCCCAGGACCCGCCCUUCUGGACGCUGUGCUCGCUCGGCGAGGGCGAGGCGGGCCGGCUGGCCAACGAGGCGCCGGAGGAGCUGGUGGGCUUCACCAAGCGCACGCUGACCCGGGUGCGGCCCAGCUCCGUGCGGCUGGACUCCAGCAACCCCAACCCGCAGGGCUGCUGGCGCGGCGGCUGCCAGCUGGUGGCGCUCAACCAGCAGACGGCGGGCGCGAUGCUGGACCUGCACCGGGCGCGCUUCGCGCAGAACGGCGGCUGCGGCUACGUGCUGCGCCCGGCCGUGAUGCGCGAGGAGGUGUCCUACUUCAGCGCCCGCACCCAGGGCUGCGUGCCCGGCGUGCCCGCCCAGACGCUGCGGGUGAAGGUCAUCGGUGCCCACGGGCUCCCGAAACCGCAGGGCUCCGGGUCCAAGGGCGAGGUCAUCGACCCGUACGUGGUGCUGGAGCUGCACGGCGUGCCCGCCGACUGCGCCGAGCAGCGCACGCGCACCGCCGCGCAGAACCAGGACGACCCGCUCUUCGACGAGACCUUCGAGUUCCAGGUGAACAUGCCGGAGCUGGCCCUGCUGCGCUUCGUGGUAUUGGACGAUGACUACAUCGGGGACGAUUUCAUUGGCCAGUACAGUGUGGCGUUCGAGUGCCUGCAGCCCGGCUACCGCAACGUGCCGCUGCUGGACGCCUCCGGCGAGCCCCUCCCCCACGCCAGCCUGUUCGUCCACGUGGCCGUCACCAACCGCCGGGGCGGGGGCAAGGCGCACCGGCGGGGGCUGUCCGUCAGGAGGGGGGCGCGGCGGGGGCGGGAGUACGUCACCCUGCGCAACACGGGCGUCAGGGCGCUGGACGACACCUUCCGCCCCGCGGGGGCGCCGCUCCGGGAGGCCGCCGACCUGCGGGAGGACGCGCAGAAUGCCACGGUACAUUUCAAAGAGCAGUGUGGGCUCCCCCCGGUGGCCAAGCUGAAGCAGUGCAUCCAGAGCCUGACCACUCGGCUGCAGACUCCCGAGGGGCCGCUGGGGGCCAGCCUGGCCAUGAGGGAGGGGUACCCCUGUCUGGAGCCGCUGGGCCCCCUGCCCGACGGCACCCGCAAGCUGCUCAGCGCCUACGACACGAUGAUCUCGGCUCACAGGCAGCUGGUAGAGAACGCUGACAGUGUGCAGGAGAAGAUCGCCCAGGUGCAGAGAGAAGGGAUGGAGUUCCAUGAGGACCUGCCCAGGCUGGUGGAGAAAGAGGGACUGAAGGGACGCAAGCAGAGCAAAGCGCUGGAGAGUUUCGCCUGGAACAUCACCGUGCUGAAGGGACAGAGUGAUCUUCUGCGUGGGGCUAAGAUGGACGCCCUGGACACUAUGAGGCAGCUGGCCCUGGCCUGCGAGGCUUUCGGGCUGACCCCCACCCAGGACCCACACGGCGCCCCCCAGCCCGCCUCGGACCUGGGCACCUACACCACCCACCCCGCCCACACCGUCCACACCAGGAGGGGCAGCACCCAGGGGAACGGCCGCAUCUGAUCCCUCCCCCACCCCACCCCCACCCCCACCCCCACCCCCUUUCAAACGGGACAAUGGACAGGACAGGGGCCGGUGGAGUCCCCUCUCUCUCUCUCUCUCUCUCUCUCUCUCCGUUCUCUAACAGCGUGGAUGAGUCUGCUGACUGUAGGACAGCACUGCGGUCCAAACGCCAGCGUGGAGCAGUUUCUGUGCUGGUGGUUUUAAAGUGUCUUUUACCCCCCCCCCCCCCCCGUGGACCUGCACAGAAACAGGCUU